AUGGAAAGAGGCUUAAGCUUUGGUACAGAAGAAGGGAGGAGUAACGGUGAUGCAAAGUUUGACGACGAUGGUCUUCAAAAAAGAACUGGUACGAUGAUGACUGCUGGUGCACAUAUCAUAACGGGAGUAAUCGGGUCGGGCGUGCUGUCUCUAGCUUGGGCAUUCGCACAGUUGGGUUGGAUCGCCGGAGCCGUUUCUCUGUUGGCCUUCGCCAUCAUCACUUGCUAUACUUCCAUCUUGCUCGCCGACUGUUACCGUUCCCCGGAUGGUACCAGAAACUACACUUACAUGGCCGCCGUUACCACUUACCUAGGAGGAUUAAACGUGAAGGUGUGUGGAACAGCGCAGUACAGCAAUCUUGUUGGGGCUGCCAUUAGUUACACCAUCACCACAGCACUAAGCAUGAGUGCCAUCUCGAAAUCCAACUGCUACCAUAAGUAUGGGCAUGAUGCUGACUGCCGGCGGACCAACAAUAACUACACAAUCCUCUUCGGAAUUGCUCAGAUUAUUCUAAGCCAAAUCCCAAACUUUCACAAGCUCUCCUUCCUGUCCAUCGUUGCGGCUGUCAUGUCUUUUGCUUACUCUUCCAUUGGCCUUGGCCUCUCCAUAGACAGAAUCGCAAGAGGAGGACAUGUGAAGACUAGCUUAAUAGGGCAGCCAAUCAGAGCGGACUUGUCAAGUGCAGACAGAAUGUGGAAAAUCUUUGCGGCACUUGGAGACAUUGCGUUUGCCUAUACUUUCUCCAAUAUUCUAUUGUCAAUUCAGGAUACCAUAAAAGCUUCUCCUAAGGAGAAUGAGGUUAUGAAACAAGCCACCUUUGCCGGAAUAUUGAUAUCCACCGUGUUUUACAUGCUGUGCGGGGUACUCGGAUAUGCCGCGUUUGGGAACCACGCGCCGUCGAAUUUCUUAACCGGAUUCGGUUUCUACGACCCCUUCUGGCUCGUCGACCUGGCCAACGUCUGCAUCAUCGUACACCUCCUGGGAGCCUACCAGGUGUUCACGCAGCCGUUAUUCGCGUUCGUGGAGGAGCGGUGCAAGAGGAGAUGGCCGGAGAGUAGAUUUGUGAACCAAGAAACGGCGAUUGAGGUUCCGUGUCUUCCGAGGCUGAGUUUCAGCGCGUUCCGGUUGUUGUGGAGAAGCGCGUACGUUGUGGUUAUAACCUUAAUCUCUAUGCUGUUGCCGUUUUUCAACGAUUUCGUGGGUCUUAUAGGGGCCGCCGCCUUCUGGCCCUUAACCGUUUACUUGCCGAUUCAGAUGUACAUUGCGAGGGCGAAGAUUCGCAGGUUGUGUUUCGCUUGGAUUUGGCUCCAGGUUUUGAGUAUGGUUUGCUUCGUUAUCUCAGUGUUGGCGGCUGCUGGGUCUAUAAGAGGUCUAAUCAAAUCUGUCAAGAGGUUCCAGCUGUUUCACGUGGAAUCUUGA